AUGACUUUUAAAUAUGGUGUAUUUUGGGAUGAAAAGUGCCGGGCUAACAUAUUACUUUUCUUUUUUCUACCUGUCUCUGUAGUCGGAGCCUGGAGCGUCCUUUGUGCUGGUCACCACAACAACAGAGUGAGGGCGUGUGACGCGCACGGCUGUGGAGCUUUCAACUCCAACAGAGAUAAUAACCUACAUAAAGCAGUGGAUCUGGUGUGUGAUGACUAUGGUAUUGUCAACGCUCCAUUCUCAGGCUCUCUGGCAGGUCCAGUGAGUCGGAAAGAGCCCGCUGGGAAUCGGUAUGAAGGGGUCAAACUUCUCAAUGAUGGUGAGUAGGACAAAAUGUCAAUAUAGUACUUUAAAGUGAG